AUGAAGUACAACACACGAGUCUCAUCCUCCAGGCGCAAGAACAGGAAGGCACACUUCACGGCACCGUCGAGUGUCCGCCGUGUCUUGAUGAGCGCUCCCCUGUCCUCCGACCUCAGGACAAAGUACAAUGUUCGUUCUAUGCCGGUACGCAAGGAUGACGAGGUCCAGGUUGUCAGGGGUACAUACAAGGGUCGCGAGGGCAAGGUGGUGCAGGUUUACAGAAAGAAGUGGGUAAUCCAUAUAGAGCGGAUCACCCGUGAGAAGGUUAACGGGUCCACAGUCAAUGUCGGCAUCCAUCCAUCUAAGGUAGUCAUCAGCAAGCUGCGCCUUGAUAAGGACCGCAAGUCUCUUCUGGAGCGCAAAGCCAAGGGUCGUGCUGCCGCCGACAAGGAUAAGGGCACAAAGUUCACCGCCGAGGACAUCAUGCAGACCGAUCGUUUGAUAUCAAGGAGUGGCUAUUUGGAACGACAGCUGAAAGAAUUUUCCAAAGCAAUCUUCUCCCUCCCGUUAAAUAUAACGGCCGAGACAUUUUCUUUGGUGACAAACUUCUGCUAUGGGGCCUGUAUUUCCAUAACUCCAUUUAAUGUUGCCUCGCUUUUUAUAGCCGCCAAGUUGCUGGAUAUGUCAGAAACUAGAGGACCGAGAGACGAGAACUUGUGUCAGAAAACGGAAAACUAUUUUCGUCUUGUUGUCGCUGUUAACCUGGAGUAUGUCUCUAUUGUAUUGCGAUCCUGUUUUUCACUGCUUCCAGAGGUUGAAACAACGACUCGUCUUGUUAGUAGGUGCAUUGAGGCCUUAAGUUUGAUGGGAGAUGUGGAAAUCGUUACAAGUUGUUUACACGAUGUUAGGAAACUUUGUUUUGAGGAUUUUAAACUAAUUUUGAAGUCAACAAGUCAACGGUUGAUCGAAUGUCAUGACCUUCUUUAUAUAAUCAUUGACCUCUACAUCAAGGAACACAAUGUUAAAAUGACAGAGGACCAGAAAACAGAACUGUGUACUUAUGUAGACUGCAGCACCUUAUCCUCAAAAAUUCUCAUGCAUGCUGUACAGAAUCCUAGAAUGCCACUGAGAUUUGUUGUGCACGCCAUGUUUGUCGAGCAACUGAACACUCGGCGCUCCAUCAUCUCUACUGUUGAUCACAAACAUCAAAUUGAAGAUGCUGUGACACUUGGCUCAAUUCUCAAACGCGAUGCAGCGCUGCAUCGAGUGGCAGAGCUCAAGGCAGUGAUGAAUUCCACAAAUUCACGUGUUCAGUGCUUGGAGAAAGAACUGAGCGGCAUGAGGAAACUUUUGAAUGAAUCGGAAAUUAUUACCAAUAGGACUGAUUUGGGGAGGUCUGCAAGUUUUCAUUUAAGCUCGGAGAAUAAGAUAGAAAGGGGGCAGAUUGGCUCGAUUUCUUCCAUUAGUCUGCAUAAUGUAACAAAUAGUGUCGGUGUAGGAUAUUCUUCCUCUCAAGAUUCAGUUGAUGGAAAAACAAGGAUGAAUUUUCGUCAAAGAUUCAUGAAGGGAUUGAAGAGUGCUUUUCGGGUAUCGAGAUUAGCAAAGAAAAAGUGUUAG